AUGCCCGAACAAUCGGUUCCCUCUUAUGACGAGGGCCGCAAGGCUUUCCCCGUCUACUUUUUUCUCUUUAUGUGCGUCCUCUUUCUUGGCCUUGUGCUUUUCCUUCCAGUCAUCAACGGUGUCGGUUCCUACAAAAUCGCUGCUCCCCCCCGCAUUUCUAAAAUCAAGUCGCGUUCCAACAAUGAAAAGGCCUUUGGAUCUUCUUCCUCUGCAAAAAAUCAAACCUCUGCUGGUGCUACUGCACGCCGCCGUGGUGCUGGCGGUCCUUACAUGAUCCCAGGAGGUGAGCCAGUUGCUUACGCUGCUCCUUCAUACACACCUUACGAGGACUCAACGCCAGUUCCUGACUCCGUUCAGGCUUCCACCUCCUCGUCUGCCGCCCUUCGUGCCCGUGUCACUUCUGCUGCCAAAAACGCUGCAAAGCGAGCCUCUGUCCAUGCUCCUGAGCUUCGUUUCACUUCGGCACCCAUUGCUUCGAAAUCGCGGCCCACAUCCAUUGUCGGACCUAGUCCCAACACGCGUAGAAGUUUCAACGCAAACAUUGAUCCGGACUUUGAUAUUGAUGCUUUUAUUGAGCAGGAAGAAAAGCAGGAUGAGGAGGAUCGUUUGCGAGAUGCCGCAGAUAUGCUGCGUGAACAAGCCAGAGAAACUGAAAUGGACCGUGACACUAUGCGCAAACUCACUGAACAGCGUCUCGAAGGCCUGGCGUAG